UCGGAAGGAGUAUAUCGGAAUGACCACAGCGCACAUUGCAGCCCACGGGAGUAUCAAGAGUACAACGUACAGAAGUGUUUUGACGGGGGACGAUAACACUGUUGUGUUGAUGUUAAAUAGUCGCAUGAUGUAGUCAAUGUUGAGCAGGACGAUAUACCACGUGGCCACAAACUCCUGGGAGUGAUUCAUGAACACGAACAUAACCAACUGAGUGACACAACCAUGCACCCAGUCAUUCCUGAUAUACCUGUCGGCGAUGAGAGACGCCCCGAACAAGCCUAGGAGAAGGUCUGAGGCGGACAGACAGCAAAUGGCGAGAUUCCGUAGACGACAUCGAAGCUUUGAUGACCACAAUAUGGAAGCGAUGAGAGAAAGAUGGACAACUCCAGCAACCUGUUCACCACCUACUACGACGACUACCUUGGCAUCAGCUUAUUCAACCAGAGCAUCCCUGACAACGACACGUCCUACUACGACGAUGUUGAACUUCUCGACGGGGACCAGUCAGUCGAAACCACUCUACACAUAGUUCUAGCGUUUCUCAUCACAAUCAUCAACCUCCUCAUCAUCUGCGUCAUCGUCAGUGACAAAUCGCUUCGAUCAUCACCCAAGUACAUCCAUGUUCUCAAUUUGACCUUUGCUGACCUCAUCUAUUCAGUAGCGGUGCUCCCUCUGUUGGCAGAGUUCAACAUUAGAGACAAAUGGAUUCAUUUCUGCGAACUGAAACUGUUUGCCGAACUGUACGACUCAAGCUUCCACCCGGCGUUCACCUGGCUAGCGCUCAGCAUGUUGAAUAUUGUCAUGUUGUUCACAGUUUGCACAACCCUGUUUGACAAGCGUUAUAAACGUCCAUACAUCGCAGUUGCGUUGAUGAUCCUCCCAUGGGCCAUGGCGUGUUUGGGGUUUAUCCCGUUAUACCACGUUAUAAUAGAGCCCCUCGUUAUAAGAGGCCAUCCCUGCAUGUACACAAUAUCUCCACAACGCCACGUGGCUCUUCUACUGCUUACCUAUCCAUUAAUGUGUCUGUUUUUAGUGAUGACAUCAUUUCUGACAACAGUACUUGUCUUAUACAGAAGAAAUAUUUCAAUUUGCGGCUCAGUAUGCGGUAAAUCAUUUCCGUCAAGGGGAGACAACCGCGUACCGCGCGGUGACCCGGAAGAUGAAAGACGUGAGUUCAUGUUUGACGUGCUGCUAGUCAGUAUAUUAACAGUGGUUCUCAGUUUUCCAGUUUUUGCCUUGCAGAUGUAUUUUAAGUUAAAGAACGGGGAUAACAAUUGUUCUAACGAUGAAGAAUGUGAUAUGUAUAUACUAGGAAGCCGAAUUGUACACUUCCUUCGCGUUUCACGGAGCGCCCUCAUUCCCGUUGUAUGGUUUCUUGGCAAAGAUUUUCGUUAUGGCUUUCGACAGCUUAUGAAAUGCUGCAAAACCAAAGAAAUCAAAGAGAAAUUCCCAUUGUCAAUUGCUAAGCUUACAUGGGCGUGAUGCAGAGUUGCGUCCCUUGGUCAAGAUCUUCCCAUUUGCUUACGUUGGUUAUCCCCGGUGUUCGUCGUUUGGCACUAUAUGUACAAAUCUUUGUCUGUUUGGGUUGUAUCUCACAUACGGCUCUUCUAAGAGAAGAUAACCUCAUGUCACUUUACCGUUAUGCCUUUUAUGUGAAUAUGUGUCUUAUAUUUAAUGAAAAGAGUCGAGCCUAAUCGACAAAUUCAUUUGAUUUUGAGUUUGUCACUAAUAUUGCAAAUAAACGUUUUUCACAAAUGGA